GUGACCCCGUAUGGGACAAGCGGUUCUGAAAGUGUGUGUGUGUGUGUAAUGGCUGAAUACUUCAUUCAGUGGUGUAACAGGUCAGGUGUUGGGGAACAGAGGGGUAUUGACCACUUUACUAUACUCGCUGUCAUGUUUAAUAGGGUUGGAAAUUGGGAAAUGGCUAGCUGUUAACGGGUUGAUUUUAGCUGCGGGUAAGAUGUGGAUCCCUUGGGUAGUGGUACUAGCCGAGUGUGUGUGUGUGUGUGUGUGUGUGUGUGUGUGUGUGUGUGUGUGUGUGUGUCGGGGGGGGAUGUAGGACUGGAGCCAGUGAUAAGCAUGUGAACACAGCUGUCUGAACCUGCUCCGGGUACUGCACGGAACAGGUUCAACAUGUCCUGGCUGACUGUAAUGGAGUUGCGAAAGGCCUACUGCCUCGCCUUUCACUUCUCGUGUCCAAAAUGUCACGCACGGCUACACAACUGAACGGCACACCUGGAAAAUUUCUCCGCUGUGCUCGAGGUGUUAGAUUCUGUUCGCAGAUUCUGUUGACGUGUUAUAUACCAGGGUUCCUGCACAGAUAGAAAUGUACCAGCAGUUUAAUAUAAAACUGAACCUCCAUCUUAUUCCUUUUUUAAAAGAAAAAAAAAAACAUUUUAAGUUGCUGUCCAGGGGUGAACAUGAUGGAUGUGCUAUACUGAACUUGUAUUAUAGACGAGAGAACCCGGAUAAGAUGGCAAAAAUGAUGUGUUGUUCAUUUUUUAUGGAAAGAAUUUAAACCGUGUUUAUUCUGUCAAGAGAAUUCCACACAGUUUGUGGUUGUUCUUGUGAGCUGAAUUCUUUUGGGAACGUGCACCUUGUCCUUGAACAAAUAAAUAGAAUAAAACGUGUAAGCAGAGAAAUAUGUUUUUGUGGGAUUUCUGCUUUUUGCGGCAGACUUUAAGAACAGGUAGAUAAUUAUAUAAGCGCAUUUAGUGUCAGUCAGAGGGACAUAACUGAAGUUUAGCUGUGGGGGGGGGGGGAGAUUCCAAAGACAGGCUACUGAAUGUAAAAGGGAAGGAAAAGCACCGCUAGCUGUGUUUACAAAGAAUGACGUAAUAUUUGUGCGAGGGGUUGGAAGAGGUGUCCAUGAACCGCGCGGCUUUCCAACGACUUCCAAAGAAACGACUCCCGUUCUCAGAAAGGAGGAAUUUGCAUCGAGCGAGUCGCCCCGCCCCGCCUCUUCGUCCACGCGGUCUUGUUCCCACGCCGCGCGCGCCUGCUGCUCACUCACUACCCGCGCUGUUAACGAACUCGCGCGCCGCUCAAACUAUUACCGCCGCCCCCGUUCCUGAAGCUUCUGACGCGAUUCACCUACGUGCUGGGGCUCGAGUCUCUCGCUCGCCUAGGCUAAGGGGGAGUACAAAUUCGUCACUUUGCUGAGGAACGCGAGGUGUGACUGUAAACGCGGCGAAUAAGUUUCAGCAGCUGCGCGAAGGUGUUUCUAUUAAAACAGAAACAAUACAAAUUUGAGACCAUGAACUGACUAUGUCCUUGAACCACACUGGCCCUUACAGCAACUGUCAUUAUGUAUUUUUGGGUGCUGUGGGCCCUCUUUGAGGUGCUUCAGGCUCAGCAGCAGGUCCAGCAGCAGGCCCAGCAGCAAGCUUCACAGUACCGCUGUCAUGAAGAGAUACAGGACCUGAGGGUGAAUUAUUCCAACCCGACAGACCACACCUUGUUCGUCACGUGGACAGAAAAGUGCACAUUUUCCAACAUUUCUGAAGGACUAGUCUAUGAAGUCCAGGUCCUGCGCAUAGGACCGAAUGGACAGAAAGAAGUUGCUCAUGAUGAGACCAUAAAUGUGAGAAUAGACGGGGUCGCACGGAUUCAUCACUGGAAGUGGACCUCCCCGAUCCCACUGGAGUGCUCCAACCACGUAGUCAGAGUACGCUCCCGAUUCCAACAGUGGACCAGCAAGUGGAGCGAAGAGGUCAUUUCAGGGAGCAAAGGCAAUCAGGUUUACCCUGAAGAUGAAGUGCGUGCUGUUGGCAGCAACAUUACCUUCUGCUGCGUACUGAACGAAAAUGAGAUGUUCCAAGAGUUUUUGUACAAUGGAGUCACCACAAAAUCUGUUCAGAUCAAUCCAUGGAUCUAUGCCAUCACAAUUAAGCUAAAUCCCUCUCAUCACUAUGGAACCCUUGUAAAGUGCGAAUUGAAGAACAAUUUGAAUGAUGACGAUUUGGGCACCUUUGUAUUCGUAGGAAGACCCCCUGAUGACAACAGUCUCAGGUGUGAAACGGACAUGGUGAAUGUGUUAUGCAGCUGGAACAAAGAGUCACACAAGGGUUUCUAUGAAGACCAGAAGACAUAUACCUUGAAUGACAGGCCCUGUACAGUAAAAUAUGGUGAAACAAGGGGAUAUUGUGAAAUACAUGAGCCCAAGGCCUGGGGAGAGAGAAACUGGACACUGGUGGCAAGCAACAGGCUGGGCAUUGUGAAACUCAUAGACAGGGUGGACCUGCAUCACAGAAUACACCUUCAGGCCCCCCAGCAGUUGGAAAGAGUGGCAGUUUAUGCACGCAAUACCAGCAUCAUAUGGAAGUGGACACCUGAGGACUAUAAAACACUGCCCAUCAGGUGCCAAGUGCAGCUGAACUUCGGCACACAAAUCAAACAGCGGAACUACUCCAGCCUAGGUCUGUCUCAGCUGAUGCUGAAUAACCUGCUGCCUGACACCCAGUACAGCGUGAUGGUGCGCUGUGGGUCUGAAGAGAACUUCUGGAAGUGGAGUUCCUGGAGUUCUACUCUAAACUUCAGGACCCAAGAGGACAACCCAGAAGCUCUAGAUCUUUGGUUACUGAUGGACAAGGACACAACAAGCCACAUCUUAUGGAAGCCACUCUCAGUUAGCCAGAGUCAUGGGAACAUCACAGAGUACGUAGUGACCUGGCAGAGUCCAACAGGGCUGCAGGAGCAAAGACUCAGUGCCUUAUACACGCGGUACAGUUUGCCAUUGGAGAUACAAAACACCAGUCACAACAUCGCUGUCAGUGUCACAGCCGUUAACUCCGCUGGGUCUUCACCUUCUGCUUCCAUUGUGCUGCCCAGAAUACAAAAAAACAACAUACCAACCUCACGGAUGUAUGGGAGCAACAAUAGUUUUGACCUGUCCUGGCCCUCCAGUAUCAAUGCCACUUGUGGCUACGUGGUGGAUUGGUGCCCUGUCAAUAGUGGUUGUGGCAAUGAUGUUGGGUGGGUGAAAGUACCUGCUGGUCAGACCAGUGCAAGGAUCCAAUCAGCCAACUUUGCUGCUGGUGUGAGGUACUGUCUCUCCAUCUAUGCCUGCAACUCUUUAGCCCCAGAGCUCAUAAAGAGGAUGGAAGGCUAUGUGGAGGAGGCCAACAAUGUAGUAUAUGUCCAGAAUUUGAACAUCUCCCAGAAUGGAGCAAAAGCUGUGUUGACCUGGGAACUGAUUCCUGAAAAGGACCAUACAGGAUUCAUCCUGGGCUACAAAAUUUCUUGUCAGAAAUGUAUUCAUCAAACAGUUAAUUUGACAGACCCCAGUGUCAGGAAUUACAUAUUUGAAAACUUGGCUCCGGGUUUCUACACAUUUGAAGUGAAAGCUUACACCUUGAGUUGGGUGGAAAGUAAAGGUGGAAAUUAUUCAAUCAACAUGUCUCCUGUUGAGGAUGAGGAGUUUUUGUUCCUCGUAAUUAGUAUUGUCAUCCUGUUAAUCCUCUUCAUGGCCUUCUGCUUCUGGAAAAGAGAAUGGAUAAAAAGGAUUUUCUGUCCAGAAAUCCCAAAGCCCAAGCUCUCCUAUGACUUGGUGACACCACAAGUGAUACUGGAUGUCAAGGUGUGUUCCCACAGUUUGGUCCACAUUGUGGAUAAACAAGAAAAAAUGGAGGACAUCACGGAGGGCAUGGGAAACAUGAAAAGCUACUUCCCCACAGAUACAGACUACAGCAGCCUGCCAGUCCUCAACUACUACCAGCAGGAGCCAUGUAGCUUCCCCAGAUCAACCUCAUCUGCUGCCUUACCCUCAGCAACCUUCUCCUGCUCCAACAUACCCACGAAUGUAUCCUCCUAUGUAAAACUGUCUUUUGGGAUGGAUGUCCUUCCAAAUGUGGACCCCUUACCCAACCCUUCAGGAUCUGACACUGUAUUGUUAGACACAUCAGGGAGCUACAUGCCCCAGGGCGCACACAAAUUGGACAACGGCAAGACAGAGGAGCAGGACAACUUCAUUAUCCCUACCCAGUGCCUGCUUACCAACUAUGGGUAUCAGGAAGGCUUCUGUCCCAGUCAUUCCUCACAGUCAUCAUACAAGGAGGUCCCAGCCUGUUGUCACACCAUUUCAAACCCCACUUACUGUGCUACAUUCUCUCCCCAUCCUCUAGGUGCCUCUGGUAACAUACUUUGAAAAUGGAGCAUUAUUAAUAUAUUUCCCCUUGAAAAAUAACUUCUGUUUUUAAGAAAGGACCUGCUUGGCGCAACAGUGAAAUUGGAAAUCAGUGUUUGCUUUCAAAGGUUUAUUCUGUCUGUUUUUCUGCAUUAGCCACAUGACUGCUCUCAGGGGUGGGGUCGUGCUUUAAAUUUUUAUGAACUUUAAAAAAAUAAGAAGGAAAAAAAAAAAAGGUUUUAGUGUCUGUUCUUCAGGAGUGUUAUGGUGAAGGACUUCCAUUCUCAUUUAAGCCAUAAUGGGCCUCCUUCUAUAAGCUUUGGUUACUGGGUAUGCCACUAUUUCACUUUUGAAUGACUUGUGGUUGUAAUAUUGGUUGUUGCUGUAUAAAAAGCCCAACUGUAGAAUUUGUUGGAAUUCUCGUUACACUGUGACACCCUGGAUUUGGGUAAAGCCAAAACUUCAAGAACUACUCUAUAACUAAGGUUCCAAGUAUUAUGUAUACAUAUACCUUUUAUAUAUAAGGAGCACACUCCUGUAUACUGCAUUCUAAAUGCUGCUGAUUCUUGAAUGUAGUUGAAGGGUGGAAGUUACGGAAUUUUAUAUGAUGUGAAAGAAGAAUCUCUUCAGGCUGUUGUACUUUCAUGCUUUGUAUGCAUUGCUCAGACAUUCAGUUUAUUCAGUAUAGGCUUUGUAUAACAAAUUUUUUUUUUUUUACUGAAUUUACUGUGCUUGUUUGCAUAUUUGUCCUGGUGCCAUGACAACAGCAAUGGUAAGAGAAGUGGAAUUACAAAAUACAUUUUUUA